AUGCAACAACUGGCGGCCAGACCCCAUAUGUGUCGUUCUUGGUAUGAGAGUCAGGUAUGCUGAUAAGCAAAAUUGUAAUGUAUGCAUAUAAAAUGUGAAUUUUUACUCCAAAAUUUUUCCAGAAAUGAAAAAUUAACCCAUUGAGUUGCAUUGCAUCCCAAUGUACCCAAUUCUGUCUAAUGCCAGACAAUUUUACUUGUUAAGGGGAGAGAGCUGGCCCUCAAUGGGUUAAUCAAGACUAUCUGCCCACAAUGUUAACCCAUUGAGUUGCUUUGAGGCCCAAAUUAUGAACCCAACUUUGUUAUUUUACUCUGUCUAAUGCCAGACAGUUUUACUUAAAGAGAGCACUGCCACCACUCAAUGGAUUAAGUGUUACCCACAUGCAUAACUGCUAUGUUCUUUCUCUCAAAUAGACAUCCUUGCCGAAGCAAGUGGUAGGAAUGAGACAGGUAAAAAAUGCAACUCAAUUGUAUUAACAACUAGUUAGUAUUAGUAAUACACGUUAAUUUUAGACAUAGUUGUAAUAAAUGUGAUGUUAUAAUAAUCACAUCCUUCUCCAAUACAGUAUGUUUAUGAAAGAAGUCAGAAUAUGUUUACUAUUCCAAUGGUUACUGAGCUUCGGAUGCAAAGUAUACAAAAUUUAAAAUCUGGUAUUAUAUGAGUAUCCAGGAUAUAUAGCAAAUUAUGGGCACAGAGCAAUUUAUUUAAAUUAUUUUCCAUUUGCAUGUAGACUUGUUUCAAAACAACAUAAAUCAUAUUGCCUCAUUUAAGGGGGAAUGUUUUGCCUAAGAGCAGAUUACUAGACAAAAUUACUAGAAUAUUGUGAAAAGAAUUUUUCUAUUAAUUUUAAAGAAACAUAUAAUGUUGGUGAAAUCACCGCAAAAUUGGUAGCGAAAGCAUUUUGGAAAGAAGAGGUCAACCAAGAACUUUCAGACUUGGGAAUAGAUGAAAAGUGGACUUUCGUGCCUAAUGCAGCCGGGUGCUUGAGUGGGACCUAUGAUGAUGCCAUGGAAUAUGCAAAUAAGCAUCGCAGUCACAGUAUAUAUUCACAUGAUUGCUCUGACUUGUGCAAAAAGAAAGGUAAUAUUCAGUACAUAAUAUGAAAAAUGUACCUGAAAAUGUAGCUAUAUAGACAAUGAUGGCAAAUUAAUACUCAUUUGUGGAGUAAUUAUAGACAUUAUAAUAGAUUGCAUUUUCAUCCAAUUAAUUAUUAAUCCUUAAGCUGCAAUGGAUCCCAUUGAACCCUACUUCACUCUGUCCAGUGCCGGAUUAUUUGUUUUAAAUAUCUGUGACAGCGUAGAUAUACAGUAGUGCCCAAUCUCUCAACAAAGGGGCUUUGCUCGAAACGAGUCAAAUUAUUUUACUCUACUGUAUUUAAUAACAAGAUGAUUUUUCUCAUCAAGAUUCAUUGUAAUACAGUAGUUGACAAUGCUAAUAUACGAAUGUCUCUUAUUCAUUCAAAAAGCUGCACAGCAGCCAGGGAUGCUGGGCAAAGCACUAUAAUGAUCUAUAAUUGUGCAUUUAAGGUUAACUUUUGUUGCAUACAUGCUUCAAUGUUUUUUAAAGUGCAUUCAUGCUAGUGCUGUGCAAAGGCUAGCUACAGUAGUGCUACACUCUCCUAAUUUGCCCUAUUUUAUCAUUUUCAGGUCAAUGGGAGAGUGCUGCCACUCAAUGAGUUAAAUUAAUGAGUCUACAUGCUCUAUGUAUUUAGUACUAAGUGUUUGUAAUUUUUGCAUUUAUUACCUGUAGUUUGUGUUGCACUAUACGUGGCUGAUGGCAACUGGAAACUUAGAUAUGCGCAUUGUAUGUGGAAAGUUCCAGUUGUGAUUGAAGGAUUUGGCAAGAUUAAUUAUCCAUCAGUCUGUCCUUUAACACCGGUUCGUGGAAAGGCCUUUUGUGAUGCCCAUGUGAAAGUUGCAGAAAAACAACAAAUUAAGACGGACUUGAGAGAAUUUUUGAAGUCAUGUGGGUCAAAUGAGAAUGAUUGCUGUGAGACUGACAGUACAUAUGUAGUGUACUACUUGUAUGUCUAA